UACCGCUUUAGGCGCUCGAUUCGACGAUAACGUGCUUGCCUUUUAUUUUUCUAAUUUCUGCGAUCCGUGAACGUUUCUCCCCUUUCCUCUGUCCCUCUCGUUUUCUCCCUGUUGCCCAUCGCUCAUUCUCGCUCUCCCUUUCUCCCUAUCCCCCUGGUUUCUUGUGUCCCUGUCGUGGUCUCCCUCUCUACUAUUCUGUGUUACUCCAAGAUUUCUAUGUGCUUCGUCGACGAUGUAAACAGACCGAUAGAUUUAUCAGAGAAUUCUUUUCUUUUUUCUUGUCCUGUUUACCGUGUUGUUUACGUGCUUAUCGGCGUUACCGUCGCUGUUGCUGUUACUGUUGCUGCUGUUGCAGCUGCAGCUGUGCGUACGCGAAAGUGACGCGUUCGUAGGUGAAAUACGCGCGCAUCGAGGAGCAACAAUUCUUCUAUGACGUUGUUUGUGAUCGUUGAUAGCGAUUCCUGUGGUAACAAUUACACCGUGAGGAAGGUACACAUGCUCGUUCGAUGAUCGUGUUUUCCCAUUUGAUGCCCGUUCCCCCGUGCGAGGUUAUACGUCUGUAUCGUUAUGAGUAAGGUGUAAUCGUGUCUAGAAGGAAGCAUAAAUAGAAAUUGGAGAGUAAAUAUGGGAAUUCCAUGGGCAGACAGGACGUUUGAACAUCCAGGAAACUAGAACAGAUAUGACGUAUACUGUUUUGAAAGGAGUCGUAAAACAUAGAAAAUCAUAAGGAAUGGUAUUCUAUUCGAUCCUAUUGGAUGUUAGAUAAGCCAAAAAAUGUCUGGUGAUUCAGGAUGGAGCGCCGUUAUUCACCAUCCUUCGGAAUUAGAGCUACAAAAUUGGAAUUGGGAAGAAAAUGACGGGGAGCAGGAAAGAGAGCUCCCUUCUACUGUUGACAUGGAUGCCAUAAAGGGUGGAGGUAGCUGGGAUCCAACCACAGAACCGAAUGGAACAGAUUCGGUUGACUCUGAAGAAGAUUCUGAUUCUGACGACGAAAGUUCCGGCGGCACCGAGGGUAGUUGUUCUUAUUCGGAUUCGAAUUCUGAUUCGGACGGGAGCAGCGGCGAGGAAGAAGAGGAAGAUACAGGAUCGAAUUCGGAUUGCACGUCCGAGCAUAGCGAGCAAACGUUCUCCAUUCAAGAGACAAAUUUUGAAUCGGGAGCGCUUAAACUAAAGAUCACUAUGAAAGGUCCAAAAAAAGAGGAUACGGAAAAGGCAAAAUGCGAGAAGAACAGAAAAAACACGUCGAAAAAAAAUAAAACGAAUUGCGAAACGAAGACGUCCGAAUGCAGCAGCGACGAUUCGGAUUCGUCGGAAAGUCGUCUGGGUUCGCAGCAGCAACAACAACAAACGCAACAGUCUCAACAACAACAGCAGCAGCAGCAGCAGGAACAACAGCAACAACAUCCACCUCUUCAAGAAAUCAAUCAAGAAGAUUUGGCGGCUAUUCUACCGGAUCAAGAGCACGAGGAUGCGCCAUUCGAUGGAUUCGAGGAUUCCGAAAGUGGUCGACUAGUGUCGAAAGCUAUCGAACGAAUGUCGCUCGGGGCAGAUUCGGAUACGAGCGAAACCGCUGAUCAGAAUCCUCCCGUACCUGUAUAUAGUUCCACUUUGCUACAACAAUUCGUCGAGAAAACGGCUCUGCUGUCGGAGCCGCGAAAACGACGAAGUAAAGUAGGGAAAAAAACAAACGAUUCGGAAUACCCAUGCGUUUCGAACGUGUCACCGGACUCGGGAAUUCAAUCGGUGGACAAUAGUCCGCUGCACUUGGCGAUCAGCCCCGCGAGUCCGUCGGCGCCAACGCAAUCCCCGAUACAAACCGUAGUCCCGAAACCAGCGGUGAACGUAGAUCGUGUUUUGUAUCCACCGAAGCGGAAACCGGGUAGACCGGCGAAAACAGUCUCGACGCAACCUCGCGGUCCUGGUAGGCCAAGACUCAAGCCAGAAAUCGUGGAGAAGAUCGAGAAGAUCGAGAAAGUAGACAAAAUAGAGAAAGCGGAAAAGACCGAGAAAAAUGAGAAGAAGGAGUCUGCGUCGUCGCAGCAGCAAAAAGUCUCGAAGGAAGAACCGAGUAAGAGGGGGAAAGCGAAACCAGUGCAGCAUAAAGCUGUCCCAUCUCGAGAGGGCAAAGAAGAGAAGAGCGAACCUCUGAAAAAGUUUAAGGACAAGCCUACUUGUCAGAAGAAACGCAGCUGUACAGCAUCCAAGCAAUUCUCGCAGAGGAGGAUAAGCGGAAAAAGGACGAACGGGAGUUCCCCGACGCGUGUCAAGUGCCUAAGUAGAACAGUUACAAGUAAAUAUGGAAAGGAUGUAGUUCAGUGUGACGGCAGAACGUACAAGAAGAUGAAGAGAGAUAAGCCAGGAACGGGAAACAAAACGACGGUUCCCUUACGACGGCAGAAGCCGUAUUGCGAGCGGAUGGUUAGCGAUAGGAAAACGCUCAAUUCGAGUAAAAGAAGUUUGAAGGAGAACAGAAAUAGUUCGGGUCCGUUGACCAAGAGACAGACUUCGAUGAAAAAGAGCGUCGUGCCGGUUACGCGACGCGUGUUAAAGGAAAACAAGAGUAGCAAAAAGACAACGAACGCCUUCGAAACGAACGGCGUUGGCGUACAGACGCUUAUCUCGUUACCUGUUGGCGACGUACUGAAAGCGGAGAGUGUCGAGAACGUUACCAACAAGUGCGACAAGGGAACGCAACCUAUACACAAUCAUUGUCACAAGCACCAUCAUCACAAGCAUCGCCGACGGUUAGUAUUACCUCCGAAAAAUCCGAUACGUAUCGAUCCAUGUAUCAUCGAAGAACUGGAAAAAUUAAUAGAAGAGUUCGCCAGAUCUUGCAGUCUAGGCCGGAACAACGCGAGCGUAGGAUACUCCGAGUUGCCACAAAUUUUUCGCGUAAAGAAAUUAACGAAGAAAAGGAAAGGCGACAUUACAGCGAGCGACGAUCAGAAGCUGAAAAGGCGUUUAAAGAAGGAAAAGAUACUCUCCGGUACGGACACAAGGAGCAGCACGAACGCGAACGCAAACUCGAAUCCGAACGAACAGCGGUUGCCGCUAAAGAAAAGACAUUAUCACUUGUCCAGCCCUCAUAGUUCCCAGAGCUCCAACGCGAGUUGCACCGACGUGACCACCAAUGAGACCAACUCUACCGAGAGCCACAUCGAGGAGGCCAUCGAAGCAACGAUAACAAGAUACGGGGGCAGCUCUGGGUCUUCCUCUCAAGAGGACGCCGUGCUGGUUACCCCCAAGAAGAGGCACAGGGAUACAGAGAACGCGAGCACCGAUAAGUCGAGCGCUUCGUGUUCAGAAUCGUUGGAGGAGAAACCGUUGAGUCAAAUAGAAGCCCAACCACGGCGUAAGAAGAAGAUCGUCAAGGAUCUUCGGGUUACGGUCACGAAACUCCCUACCGAUGGCGGACACGUCGCCCUCGAGAAAGUUGAUAAAACCGACAAAGUCGAGAAAUCGGACAAGUGUUUGAGCGAUUCGAAAAACGUGAAAGGUCACGUGGACAAAAGCAGCGGCAGAACAGAGAAGGUGGUUACGGAUAAGGCGUUGAAAAUCGACAAAAAUCAAGCCGAUAAGCCAGAGAAAAGCGAGCACGUGUCACCGGAACACGUACGUUUAGAGAAGAACAUAAAGGUCGACGCGGCUGAGUUUCACGUAACUGAAAGUUACGACGAGAUCGAGACUACGAACGAAAGUAAACCGACACAGGAUAACGAGGUAGGUUCGAGCUUUCCUAACUCUGUAAAGUCUUCAGCUGCGUUGGUUUUGGCCAAGAAGAAGAUAAGGCGGCGCAAGACCAUCAACCGCACCGGUUUCCCGACUCUGAAGAAGAAGAAGAAAAAGAGAUCGUUGAAUCCCAGCGAGACGUCGACCGAAGCGUCGACAAGGGUAACUUUGCCUGCCGACGACAACGCGGACGAAGUCGACGACGCCGGAGACACGGCUAAGGAAGGAUCGGAUGACUCGGUGCUAGAUACCAAGACAACCGUGUUGAGUGCCGAGAUACAAGAAUCCAUGUCGAGCAAACUCGUCGUCGAGCAUGAUAACAAUAACAGCAACGACGCGCAGGACCUUGUCCCGUCGAAGGCCGCAGGUUUGAACACCGACGAUUCGAAUUCGUCGAAGCAGGAGGGAUCGUCUGGUCGUGCUCGUUCGGACGAAGUCGCGGAACCACGAUCUGGCCAACUGAGAGUGCGAAAGGAUCUCGUCGAAUCGGAGAGCACCAACAACGGCACGAAUAAACUAUGUCCGGUGAAGUUUGAGAAGAUCCUGGAUUCGAGGACGUACGAUGAAAACGCGCCCCUGGAGGAGUCUCUGGAGAGGUACAACUUGUGCCAGCAACAACGCAUCGCCGAGCUGAACGAGGAGAAGAGUCUGGAACGCGGCAGCGCUCAAGCGAACAUAAAGACGGAACAUUCUGGCUCGUUCAACGGGAACCAGAAGAAGCGACGUGGCUCCGCGAGUCCGUGCACCUUUGCCUCGAGGAACGUGAAGCGUUUACGUAGCGCAGGAUACGAUACGGAAAACGACAGUCUCUCCAACGUUCUUCACGCCGAUCACGAGAUCGGGAAGCAUUUGAACGUCAAGAAGAAGCAAUCCAGGUGGAAGAAACGUUACUUGCAGGGUGGUAUUCUACACGAUUGCGGGAAGAAUUGCGAGUCGAAGACACGGAACGGUGGAAGCGGAAGCGCCAGCACCAUCGAUGGCGGUACUACCCCAGGAAAGAGUAAAAUUGUCUGCGAAACGAACGAAUCUGCUUCUGCGGCGUUGUUAACGGCCUCGUAUCAAUGUGGCAAGCUUCUACGUCAAAGGAAACUACCGUUUCAGUUGCCCUACGACUUAUGGUGGUUGCAUACGCAGUCCAGGCUGCCGAGCAGAGAAUCGGUGCCGUCGUGGAAUUACAAAAAAAUUCGCACAAACGUUUACUAUGAUGUCAAGCCGACCACGCUGUACGAGGCGCAAGCAUGCGAAUGCAAACCAGAGAGCGGUUGCGGCGAUGAUUGCAUCAAUCGCAUGGUUUUCAGCGAAUGCUCGCCACAGCUUUGUCCCUGCGGCGAAAAAUGCGAGAAUCAGAAGAUCCAGAAGCACGAAUGGGCACCAGGUUUGCAGAAAUUCAUGACGGAGGAUAAAGGUUGGGGAGUGAGGACUCAGCAGUCCAUCAAGACUGGUGUUUUUAUUCUCGAAUACGUCGGGGAAGUGGUGUCCGAGCGAGAGUUCAAAUCGAGAAUGGCAACAAGGUACGCCAACGAUACGCAUCAUUAUUGCUUGCACCUAGACGGAGGUUUGGUCAUCGACGGCCACCGUAUGGGAGGCGACGGACGAUUCGUAAAUCAUUCUUGCGAACCGAAUUGCGAGAUGCAAAAGUGGAGCGUUCACGGGCUUCCGCGUAUGGCGUUGUUCGCCUCGAGGGACAUCAAACCAGGGGAAGAGUUAACCUACGAUUAUAACUUUGCUCUGUUUAAUCCAUCCGAAGGACAGGAGUGUAGAUGCGGUAGUAGCGCUUGCAGAGGUGUAAUAGGCGGAAAGAGUCAAAGGGUUACGAAGACUAUCGCCGCUCUUCCUUCUCAAAUGGAACCCACGGAAAGACGAUCGGUUGGAAGGCCAAGAAAGAACAUGCGGAAAUCUAACAUGGUGCAAUCCGUCAACUCUAAAGGCAUUUGCAAGUCCCGAAAGAUGGGCGAUUCCAGUCUGUUCCAUGCCCCUGUACUGAAGCCUAUGUCUCAUCAGCAACGAUGCUUCGCUCAACAACAUCAUUGCUUCUUGUUGAGGAACUUGGAAAAGGUGAAGCGAGUGAAAUCGUUGGUGAACCAAGUGCAGAUGCAGAACGGUAAAACAAGAUUCGGUAACCCAACUGCCGCUAAAGAAAAAGGGCUCGGCGAUGCUAAAAUACAAUCGGACGCAUUCUUCUCGCAAUUAACUGCUUUGACCAACACGAAUACGCGUACUGUGCGAACACGAAGGCUAGCGCAGGCGCAAGACGACCCGGAAAUGCAUAAAACUGCGAAACUUGCCAAGGUGUUGAAAGAUUUAUACAGCAUCGUGACAACCGCGAACGACGAAAACGGUCAGUUGCUAUGCUCGCCGUUUAUAACGUUACCCUCGAAAAGAAAAUUGUCAGACUAUUAUGAAAAGAUAUCGGAUCCGAUAGACUUGAGUACAAUUGACCAGUGCAUUGGGACGGGUCACUAUAAAACCGCCGAGCAUUUUGAUCAUGAUAUGAUUAAACUUUUCGACAACAACGUUCGAUUCUUUGGGAGAACCUCGGAAAUCGGUAUUGCCGCAGCCAGACUAAGAAAAUUAUACUUAGGAAGUAAACCUGAUUUUGUGGAUGCCAUAACGGAUGCGACGGGCUGCCCUCCGUCUCAAGGAUUUUUACCUCCUCGAGGUUCGACUGCUGGGGAGGAAGAUGUUAUCAGGUGUAUUUGUGGCUUGCAUAGGGACGAGGGCUUGAUGAUUCAAUGUGAACGGUGCCUUGUUUGGCAGCAUUGCGACUGCGUCAAAGCUGACACAAGUCUGGAAUCUUAUCUGUGCGAGAGAUGUCAACCGCGUCCUGUCGAUUUGGAAAUACCAUUAGAGGGCGACGAGGAGGAGGAAGGAAAGAAACACUACGUCACUUUGAUGCGCGGUGAUUUGCAACUCAGGCAGGGGGACACGGUAUACGUGUUAAGGGACACUCCGGAGAAACAUACUUACAAGACUAUUCAGAAGCCCGAUUACGAACAGAUGGAUAUUUUUAGAAUUGAAAGACUCUGGAAGAAUGUCGAAGGGGAAAGAUUUGUAUUUGGUCAUCACUACUUGAGACCCCAUGAGACUUAUCACGAGCCUACGCGAAAGUUUUAUGAAAACGAAGUCGUCUGCGCACCGCUUUACGAAGCAGUUCCAUGCGAUUUGGUUGCCGAGCGUUGUUGGGUUCUCGACCCCCAUACAUACUGCAAGGGACGACCGGUUGGUUCGACACCAGAGCAUACCUACGUGUGCGAGUAUCGCGUCGAUCGCGCAGCUCGACUAUUUACAAAAGUUGCCAGAGCUAGGCAUCAAGUGUGCACGAAACCUUAUGCUUUCGAAACGUUUCCAGAACGCAUCAAGCAUUAUCGAACGUAUUUGCCUCAUAGUCUCGAAGGAAUACAAGUUGGCGGUAAAACGAACAAGGACAAGAAGAAAACGAGCAAUCAAGAUGUCGAUUCUAACCCCAAAUCUGAAUCAGGCGAUAACGCGAAAACGCACAGUAAGGAUCAACAAAAAUCUUCCACGAGUAAGGGUAGACGACGGUCAAAUGAAAUUUUAUCUAUUACUACAUCCACAACGCCGUACGCCCAGAGAGAAGAACAAAGACGAAGGUUGAAUAACAUUUUAAUCGGUCUGUUACAAAAAAUGCCGAACAAGAAAGAUCCGUUGGAUUUGUCGUUCCUGUUAGAGAGGAAUAGGCGGAAUCGGAAAAGGCCAGGUGGAUUAAAUCCGUGACACUGGAUUAUACAUCAGCGAUAAUGCGGCAUUAUCAUACGCGCGCGAUAACGGGUCAUUGUUAAUUCGUGUCACAGUCAAAUCUGUAAUCAAAGCGAUCGAUCGAUUAUUUCGUUUCGUCGUAAGUUGAUGCCAUUCGAUCCGUUUCGCAAGGAAAGGAAUCAUGAGCUACGCGUUUACUUCUUUUUACACUACUAAUACGACCCGUCCAUUCAUAUUAUUUAACCUCGAACACGAACACUACCUUCCUCGAAGGCCAUUGUAUCGAUCGAGUUCUUUUUAUAUGUUCUUUUUACACGCGCGAAAGUGUUGGAAAUUCCAAGCUGAAAUUACGAUCGAAAUUUUCUAUAGUCUUUUUAGGGUUGUUUUUUCUAUCCUAGAUUACCUCUUCCUUCGCUCGCAUCAGAAAUUAAAACUCGAACUGUAAAGGAAAUAGAUUCGAGUCGCGCGUCGAUGGAAAGGUAAUCUUUGAUUAAUUUUAGAGUAUUUCAACUCUCGUGCAGUGUAAAGUUCGUAAGUAUUUUGAAGGAAUAGAGAUAAUUUGUUUUCGUAAAACGGAUCGACUUGGUUUUGAGAAUCGGAUUCCGUACGUGAAACAACGUAUCUGUCAAAUUGAAUCAUCUAACGAGAGCUAUUACUUCUAGUAGAAUUCUAAUAUAAUUAGAAUCGCGAAAAUUGUAUAAAACUAUUUGUAAAUUUAUUUCAUAGCGAAUACACUUAAGUGUACAAAUUAAUAUGCUACUCGGGAUAUAGGAAAGUGGCAAAGGCACACGCGUGUGUAUAUAUCGGCCGCGUGUGAAAGGACGAUGGAACCGACGUGAAGGAAGAAGAAAACAAAAUCGAGUAAAUCAUGCGAGGCUUUAUUGCACAAAAGUACCAUUAUAUAUUUUUCAUAAGCCCAGUGUUAUUUGAAUUAAGUGUAAUAUAUAGGUUUUUAAAUUUAUAGAUAAAACUUUACUAACAUAUUUAAUUUAUUAAUGAUCGCGAUCGAAUUAUAGCUAAUUGUUGCUAUGACAACUAAUAUACGCAGGAUUUCGUAUUUAUUAUUACAUUAUUGCAGUUAGUAAAUACAUAUUAUUGAAAGCUAU